GGGAGUGGAGAGGGAUGGGUAUAAGAAGGAAGUGUGGAGCCUGGGGAAGAGGCCCUGAAUAAGAAGCUGGGCACUAAGAGAGGCCAUCAUGCCCAGCUCUGCUGAAGCCAGGAUGGGUGUGAGGCUGGCACUGACAGGCUUUGCGAUCCUGACGCUGCUCCAGUGCUGCUCUGCAUACAAGCUGGUCUGCUACUACACCAACUGGUCCCAGUACCGGGAAGGCGGUGGGAGUUGCUUCCCAGAUGCCAUCGACCGUUCCCUGUGCACCCACAUCAUCUACAGCUUUGCCAACAUCAGCAACAAUGAGAUCGACACAUGGGAGUGGAAUGACGUGACACUCUAUGGCACACUGAAUGCACUUAAAACCAGAAACUCCAACCUGAAGACCCUCCUGUCUGUUGGAGGAUGGAAAUCUGGCCCAGAAAGAUUUUCCAGGAUGGCCUCCAGCACUGAGAGGCGCAGUACUUUCAUCAAGUCGGUAGCUCCGUUUCUGCGGGCCCAUGGCUUUGAUGGACUGGAUCUCUCCUGGCUCUACCCCGGCCCAAAAGACAAGCAGCAUCUUACCACCCUGAUUAAGGAGCUGAAGGCAGAAUUCAUAAAGGAAGUACAGCCUGGGAGGGAGAAACUCCUGCUCAGCGCAGCUGUGUCGGCGGGGAAGGUGGCCCUUGACAGCGGCUAUGACAUCGCACAGAUAUCUCAACACCUGGAUUUUAUUAAUCUCAUGACCUACGAUUUCCACGGAACCUGGAACCAAGCCACAGGACAUCACAGCCCCCUCUUCCGAGGCCAGGCAGACAGCAGUUCUGACAGAUUCAACAAUGUGGACUACGCUGUGGGGUACAUGCUGAAGCUGGGAGCCCCGGCCAGCAAGCUAAUGAUGGGUAUCCCCACCUUUGGGAAGAGUUUCACUCUGGGAUCUUCUGAGACGAGGGUGGGAGCGCCAGCCUCAGGACCAGGAUUACCAGGCCGGUACACCAAGGAGAAAGGGAUCCUCGCCUAUUAUGAGAUCUGUGACUUCCUCAGUGGAGCUGACCUGCAUAGGAUUGUCGAUCAGCAGGUUCCCUACGCUACCAAGGGCAACCAGUGGGUGGGGUAUGACGACCAGGAAAGUGUCAUAAACAAGGUGCAGUACCUGAAACGCCAGCAGCUGGGGGGAGCCAUGGUGUGGGCACUGGAUUUGGAUGACUUCCGAGGCUCCUUCUGUGGGCAGAAGAAACGCUUCCCGCUCACCAACGCCAUCAAGGAGGCACUUAAUGCGGCUUAGCUCUUCCUUUCCCACAUGGAACCCCACACCCUCUGACCAGGAGUCUGGUCACUUGCAAUGCUAAGCGCCCCUGC